AGCGGCUGUUAUUGCUGUGCUCUGUAACUGACGAUUGUACCGGUUCUACAGGAACAAACAGAAGCGGAUGGAGAGGAUUUACACACUACACGGACGUGAGUGCGGUAGAAGAUGAGUUCUCAGCAGUACCAGAGAGCAGGACUGAACCCCGCACAAGCGCCGAAUUCAGCCUCGGUCCAAGCCAAGCAGAACAGCACGGGAGGACACGAUGAUGCCAAGCGGGACGUGAACCUGGCUCCCUUUUCCAGCACCGCGCUUCCUCUGAGAGACGAUAAACAGGAGCCGGUGGUGGUGAGGCCGUACGGGGCGCCGUCGUCCAUACCUCACUCACUCACCCAGCACCUCCCCGUCACCUUCACAGAGGGACAUGGCAAGGUGCAGUCUGCCCUGAAGGCUUCCAUCCCGAGCCGAGUGAUCGCCCCGGCCCCGGCCCUCACCCUGCCACACAAAGGUCCCGGGCACCUCGAGGGCACCAUGCCUCAGGCAGCUGCCAUCCCUGUCGCGACCAUCAGCGGGCAGCAGGGUCACGCUGGAAAUCUGCACCGUAUUAUGGCCACCAACGUGCAGAUAAUCCGCCAAGGGACGCCCACCCUACAGUUCGGCUCCUCGGCCGCUCCGCAGCAUCAGUUCCCCUCGCAUUUACCCAGAGGAGCCGCGGCAGCCGCCGUCAUGUCCAGUUCCAAAGGAGCGACGGUGCUGAGGCCGGCGUCCAACCCGAACCCCGGAGCAGGACAGCCGACGGUCCAGCACAUCAUCCAUCAGCCCAUACAGUCACGCCCCAUAGUGACCACCUCUACGGCGGUGUUGCCCACAGUAGUAGCGCCGGUCACGGCCACCAGGCCUCAGUCUCCUGUCAUCAACACGGUGACGGCUCACUCGGGAGAGCUGGCGCACGGGCGCUCAGCUCUCACCAUUCACCCACCCCCCGCCACCCUGAGUAUCCAGCGCCCCGCUUCGGCCCGGGACAUGCACACGCGGAUCACCCUCCCGACGCACCCGGCCAUGGGUGCUCAGAAGGCGCUCCCACACUCGAUGCCGCAGAAACCGAUCUUCAGCUCUGUGACGCCCGUGGCGGCAGCGACAGUGGCUCCUAUCCUGGCCACCAACACGGCUCCGUCCACCACGACAACCGGCGGCAAUAUAGUUACGGUGCCGAUGGCCUCGCAUUCCACACACGCCACCACGGUCACCACCUCCACCAUCCCUGUCGCCAAGGUGGUACCGCAGCCCAUCACACACACCUCCACCCGCAUCCAGCCCGAGUUUGCUGGGGUCCCGACCCUCCGCUCGUCCCCGAAUCCUGCCGCCAUGGACAACCGCAGUGACAACAGGCCGUCUGUUCCCGUGCAGUUUCAAUAUUUUCUGCCCACCUAUCAACCAGCUUCUUACCCGAUGACCUACACCCCGAUCACCAGCUCCGUGUCCACCAUUCGACCCUAUCCAGUGACGGCCCAGCCUCCUAGCGCAGCUCAGCCCAGUGUGGGCAUGGCCUCUGCCGUCCAUCUGAACUCCAUGCAGCUCAUGACGGUGGAUCGCAUCGCCCAGAUCAACACCCAGAACAUGCAGCCGGCGGCCGUGGCCGCGCAGGGCGGCCAGAACGCGACCAUCACGGCCCAGGGGCUUCACGGCGGCUCCACGAUCACGCCCCAGGGCAUCCAGGCUGCUUCCAUCAACCCCCAUCAAAUCGCCAACGAGGCCAAGACCUCAGUGGUGCUGGCCGACGGCUCCGCCCUGGUCGGCAACUCCAUCGGCAACACCUUCAACAGCAGCCAGCCCAUCACCGCGGUGACCCAGACUCACCCCCAGGGGGCCGGAUCGGGGACGUCGACGCUCGUCUCGUCCCCUCGGCCCAGCAUCCUCCGCAAAAAGCCGGCCACCGACGGCUCCGCCGUGAGGAAAAACCUGAUGACGGCUACUCAGCUCGGCGACUCGGCCAGGAUGGACGUGGGCAUGAGGAGCGCCGCAGGAUCCCCUCGACCCGCAGGACUCAAGCCCAAAUCGGAGGUCCUGGUGGCUCUGGGUCCUCCUGUACCCGCCGGCGUGGACGCCCUUCCCAGCCAGAGCGUGGAGCAACUGCUGCAGAACGCCGCUCCAGGUUCUUCCCAGAUCCCCGCCCAGGCCGCGUCCUCCCACCUGACCUCGGGCGCUCCGCCGUCUCAGCCGGCCGCCGCCGCCAUGGCCGUGACUCCGUCCGUCAUGUCCACGGCCAACGUGAUCGCCCCGCCCGCUCACCCGGCGGCCGGUGGCGCCGCCGCCUGUGCCGUUAGCUCCACCCUUCCGGACCUUCACGCUAAGCAGGAGGAGGAGCCUGUGGACAUCUCAAAAGCAGCGGGUGCGGCGCCCCCUACCGGCGCCUCCGCUCUCGCCGUCACGCCUUCGGAUCUCCCGCCGGGCGCCUCCCCCAGGAAGAAGCCCAGGAAGCAGCAGCAUGUGAUCUCCACCGAGGAGAGCGAGAUGAUGGAGACCAACAGCACAGACGAGGAGAAGCCGCCCAUCAAAGCUCUCGGCCAUCGCCCCGAAAAGCGCAAAUCGCCUCCUAAGGAGUACAUCGAUGAGGAGGGGGUGCGCUACGUCCCGAUGAAAAUCCGCCCCCCUAUCACGCUCCUGCGUCAGUACCGGAACCCCUGGAAAGCUGCUUAUCAUCACUUCCAGAGACACAGCGACGUCCGGGUCAAAGAUGAGAAGAAGGGCACGUUGCAGGAUGUGGCCAAUCAGAAGGGGGCGCUGUGUCGAGCUCAGGGCUGGAAGGUCCACCUGUGUGCCGCCCAGCUGCUUCAGCUGACCAACCUGGAACACGACGUCUACAGCCGUCUGAACAACCUCCAGGAGGGUCUGGCGCCCAAGAAGAAAGGCGCGGCCGAGGAAGAUCUGCACCGCAUCAGCGAGCUCAUACAGGGUAACAUGCAGCGCUGUAAGCUGGUGAUGGACCAGAUUUCGGAGGCCCGCGAGGCCAUGCUGAAGGUCCUGGAUCACAGAGAACGAGUCCUCAAACUCCUCAGCAAGAACUGCAGCACCAAGAAGCUCCACAAGCUCAAGCGCAAGGACCGGGCGUGACCCCGCCCCGGCGGCGCAUCCGGACCCAUCGGCAAAACACAACAGGAACACAUUAAUUAAGGAGAGGGGGGAAGCUGGGGCGCACGUACACCCCCUUCCCUAAAUAUCCGUCUCCACUACAGGACACACACACCAGAGAGUCGGUGCGGCACAUCGGGACCCAAAAAUGGGUGCGAGGGAGAGCUGGGGGGGACGGACCGUGAUGUGUGGCGUGAAAAUUUGUCUUUGUGAUGUUUGUCUCCCUAAUUUAGGACGUGUUUAGCUAUUUGGUGACCAUAGUAACGUUAAAUAAUUAAAUAAUCACUGAGCAUCGUUCGUUUGCAUUUUGCUCCACGACCGUCUCAUUAAGCCGGCGUUUUAAUUAGGAGCGAUGGGGCAUUCAAUCAUGUUCAGUACGGGCUUUAUCCUGGUAGGGGUCGCUGUGGGUACAGAGCCUGUCCACACACACACACACACACACACACAGAUGCUUAACAAACUAAAGCAAUCACACCAAGAUCAAUGUAGAAUGUUUAUAUGUGAAACUAACAUUCAUUCUAGUUAAAAUAUUAAUUUUGAUCAGGCUAAAUUACACCGAUCAGGCAUACAAUUACUGACUGUAGUCCAUCUGUUUCUCUGCAUGCUUUGUUACCCCCUAUCAUGCUGUUCUUCAAUGGUCAGGACCCCCACAGAGCAGGUAUUAUUUAGGUGGUGGAUGAUUCUCAGCACUGCAGUGACACUGACAUGGUGGUGGUGUGUUAGUGUGUGUUGUGCUGGUAUGAGUGGAUCAGACACAGCAGCGCUGCUGGAGUUUUUAAACACCUCACUGUCACUGCUGGACUGAGAAUCGUCCACCAACCCAAAAUACCCAGCCAACAGCGCCCCGUGGGCAGCGUCCUGCGACCACUGAUGAAGGUCUAGAAGAUGACCGACUCAAACAGCAGCAAUAGUUGAGCGAUCGUCUCUGACUUUACAUCUACAAGGUGGACCGACUAGGUAGGAGUGUCUAAUAGAGUGGACAGUGAGUGGUGGUUGGCUGCACAGAUGGGUCAGCCUUCUCUAAUGGCGACUGUCUCGUGUCACAUGGGUCGCCUGGGUCAGUUUUUCCCUGUUCACAAGAGUGAAUCUUCAUAAAAGCCAGACCAGACAUGCAGAUAAUAGCGCUCGUGUAGACAUUUCCUCCGAUAACAUGGAUGUGAAGCGCCGGGGCGAGAUGGUAAAACUGGUAAUGACGGGUGCUCUGGUGGAGCAGUGGUGUAACAUGUCUACACGACCUGGCUGGGCGUCCACACUAACCCAAUCAGCCGUGUUUGAGGAAGGGAAGGUCGGACCAGGUCUCUACCUACUGCGCCUGUGCGAGGGUGGGGUGUCCUAAGCGUGACCCUCUGUACAUGAUGAACCUGACACUGGCAGGUGAUAAGAAGCGGCGCAGAUGUCCGAGGGGGUGUGUGGUGAUCCGACUCUCCUCGAUCAGAUCAGAUCGGGGGUUCGCAGUCUGGAAUUGGAAAUGACUAAAUACGAAGAAAAAAACAAACAUAUAAUGACUGAAGAGGGGGGGGUGUACUGAUCUGUCAUGUAUUAGAUAGAGAAUGAUGUGGAUUGGGACACCAAAAAAACAAUAUAAAACCAUUUUUUUUAUAUUCUGACCGACACUGAGGGUGGAAAAUAAACGGUUGAUUGAUGGCUGAUGGGGUGAAUCUCCGCCUCUGAUUGGCUGAUGCUUGAUGACCGGGUGUGGCCGUUUCUGAGCGACGUCGGAUGCUGAACACUGAGCUUUAUUUCAUCGUUUCUGUUUAUUUUGUUUGUUUUUGUCGUCGUCGUCAUCGUGUUUGGAAGUGUCGUGACGCAUCACGUGAGCAGAACGUCUCCGAGGACGUGACCUUAAUCGUCUCUGCCUUAGCUUAGCCUAGCUAGUGUUUGAAUCAUAGACGAGAUGUUGAAUAUAUUAUAUUUAGGAUAAUCAGUACUGUACGUAUGAGUGGAUUUAUCGGUGCAUGUGAGUCUGUACGCAGCACGGUGGGUGCAGAAUAUAUACGGCCGCGUUUCAGACCUGAUUUAUUGUUAUUAUUUUGCAUUAAACUGCCUAAACUCA